AUGGGAGCGAUCUUAGGUGGCUCUGCAGAGCCCCAGCUGCGGGUUGUGGUGCAUAUUUGCAUAUGGAUUUGCCUCUCCAUUGGUACUAUACUGUUCAAUAAGUGGAUUCUAGCUCCUGAAAGAUUCAAUUAUCCUAUUAUUCUUACAACAUGGCAUUUACUGUUCACCACGAUAGCCACCCAGGUACUCGCAAAGACAACAACUUUGCUCAAGGGCCGAACGACAAUCAACAUGACACCAGCCUUUUACAUACGCUCUAUCGCGCCCAUCGGUAUUUUGUAUAGUGGAAGCUUGAUUUGCAGCAACAUUGCCUAUGUGUACUUGAACGUCUCAUUUGCUCAGAUGCUGAAGGCUCUGGGUCCUGUGGUUAGUCUUCUAACAGCUUGGGCGUGGGGAGUCGAGAAACCAUCCAUAAAAGUAUUUACCAGGAUACUGGUAAUCGCAUUCGGUGUCGUCCUGGCAGGGACAGGCGAGAUCCAAUUUUCCUGGCUCGGGUUCGCCUUCCAAAUGGCCUGCCUUGUCUUCGAUGCCAACCGUCUCGUCAUGGUACAAAUCCUGCUUUCUGGGAAUGGCGUCAAAAUGGACCCCCUCGUCAGCUUAUACUACACCGCGCCAUCGUGUGUGCUCAUGAAUGCCAUCGUUGUCGGGUACACCGAGUACUCGGCCUUCAACUGGGAUGCUGUCUACCGGACCGGGCCACAUGUGUUGCUGCUAAACGCGAUGUUAGGCUUCAUGUUAAACAUUUCUAUAUAUCUGCUUAUCCAAAAGACCUCUGGGCUGGUGAUGGCACUCGUCAGCAUUCCGAAGAAUAUCGUUUUGGUGCUCCUGUCCGUCGCCAUUUGGAGCACACAAAUCUCCGGAAUCCAGAUAAUCGGCUACUCCAUCUCACUACUAGCUUUGUUGUAUCACGCCGUUGGGUGGGAGGCAAUCAACGCCCUGUGGGAGAAACUCCGCGGGUUAUGGAGGGAACCGAAGUCACCGGAAAAGGAAGAUAGUUUGCUUGGGAACGCGACACGCGAGAACGUGUAG